AUGCUUUGCCUAUCCUGCAUUAUCGUUGGCCUAGGUGGUAUUUUGCCAUUUACCACUGCAAACUCUAUCCCGGACUUCCUCUACCGAGAUGUUGUGGUAAUCGGCGGAGGUGCUUCCGGUGCCUAUGCUGCCGUCCGUCUGCGUGACGACUUUGGUAAAAGCAUCGCUUUGAUUGAAAAGCAGAACAUCCUUGGUGGUAUGGUCGACACGUUUGUUGAGGAAAAGACUGGAAACACUUAUGAUUUUGGUGUUCAGAGCUUCCUGAAUGUUAGCAAUUCUAUGCAGUUUUUUGACCGGUUCAACAUCUCUGUUGGCAGCAGCUCAACGGGCCCCUCCCUUAUCACCGAGUACAUCGACUUCAACACCGGCGAGAAAGUUGACUUUGAGCCACCCUCGUACACCGAACAGAUCGCUGCCGUCUCCAAAUUCCUCAAAGUUAUUGAGCCAUGGGAGUCAAUGCUGCGACCUGGCUACUGGAACUUCCCUGAGCCCGAUAAGAUCCCUGAGGAUCUUCUGAUCCCCUUUGGGGAAUUCUUGACGAAGUAUGACCUCGAGGAGGGCGCGCCCAUUAUCUACUCAACUACUGGCCUUGGAGUAGGUAACAUGAGUGAAGUAGCCACUAUGUUCGCACUGCAAAGCUUUGGCUGGGAUAUGGCGCGCGGCCUGACGGGAAAAAUGGGCCUCUUUGUGCCCACAUCUGGUGGCAUCCAGUCCCUCUACAACGCGAUUGCUACGGACCUGGGUGAUGACGUCCUUUACUCAACUACUGUCAUUGAGAUGCGUCGAUCUGACUUCGGCGUAUUUCUGACUGUGCGCAAUCACAAAACAGGUAAGGUCAGCGUCAUCGUCGCCCGCCGGCUCCUCGUUGCCAUCGAACCCACCGAAGACAACGUGGCUACAUUGGAUCUCAGCCCCUCCGAGUGGAAGACACUUUCAAAGUUCACAUAUUCGAAUGAAUUCACUGGCCUGGUUGACAAUGCCGUUUUUAACAAAAGCUAUUCGUACUUCAACUUGCCCUCCUCCGCUGCUCCAGAUCACUAUCUGGUCUUUCAAAGGGAACCAACAACGGCAAGCUUUGCCUACUCUGGUCUAGGACACUUGUUCCGAGUGAUGAUCAUCGGUAACAAGACCUCCACUGCUGCCGAAGCUAAGGCCCUGGCGCAGAGCAGCUUCAACACCUUGUUGAACUCUGGCCAUUUGUCCGGCCCCAUCCAGGACCAAGAGCUCAACUGGGCCGCUUUCUCUACGCAUGGCCCGAUGCACGCUCGUGUAUCCAUCGAAGAAGUCAAAGAUGGCUUCUAUCAAGACCUAUACAAGCUACAGGGUGCUCGUUCCACGUGGUGGACAGGGGGUGCCUUCGCGGUGAAUUUCCAGACCAAGCUGUGGGAAUUUGAUGAGGUUCUCAUCCCUAAACUCCUCGAGGGACUUUGA